AUAAACCAUGCACGGUAAGUACUACCUCUUUUGAAUACUUGCUGUUUUGUUUCGUUUAGCUUUUUUUCUCUUUCUGUUGGUUUACAACAUGCGCUGUUCAUCAAUGCCUUGCGCGUACCUUGCGUCCCCCUUUUUCUUUAAUGCCAUUUCAUCCCAUCGAGUUAUGGAUUAGACUUCGACCGACGGCAUGGACUCCUUAUCUUAUUAUACUUUCUUUUUACCGUGCCAUUUUCUUCUUGCAAUGGUUCCUUUCCAUGGCAUUGAUGUACCUUUAUUUUUUCUUCAUUCUACGUUUGUCAUGGCUCAGCAUGGCUGCUUGGCGACUCUAUUGUUUAUUACCUUUAUUUUUGUGUAAUACCCCUUUGCUGCAUAAACAGAGUGUCUGUGUUUUCAUGUACCAAGGGGGGAAAUAUGGUGAUGAUACGAUAUCAGCUUUAUUAACGAGAACACUGUGGUUGAUAGACGACGAGCAACUGCUCGCAAAGAGAUCAG